UUUCGUAUUCUUAUAAAAAGAAUAAUAACAAGCAUCACUCAGCAGUUUGGUUUGAAAUACCAUUUAAGAAGCAACUAAAAUACGGAGUUGAAGAAAAAUAUGAAGGCUCUAAUUUUCUUAUUGGCUAUUGGCUUUGUAUCAGCUGCGAACAUACGUUGUCCACAUCAAAUUCAAACCAAUUCCGUUUUCGCGAAUCGACUUGCACCAUCGAAAUAUUUUCGAUGCAAUGAACUGAGAUUACUCGAGGAAUACCAGUGUGAUGAUGGUGAACUCUUUGAUCCGAUUUUAUUGCUCUGUCACAGGCCAACUGGAAGAUGCGGUUGUCCUGACGUAACGACACCUUGCCCUUGCCCAACGACAACAGAUUGUCCUUGCCCAGACCCACCUCCAUGCACUACCCCAACUCCAUGCACAACAACUAAAUGCACCACAACUACAUGCACUACAACUAAAUGUACUACGCCAACGCCAUGUACCACAACUACAUGCACUACAACUAAAUGUACUACGCCAACGCCAUGUACCACAACAACGUGCACCACUCCAACUCCAUGCACCACAACUACUUGUACCACUCCAACUCCAUGCACCACAACUACAUGCACUACACCAACUCCAUGCACCACAACUACAUGCACAACAACUAAAUGUACGACAACAACAUGUACCACACCAACUCCAUGUACGACAACUACAUGCACCACACCAACUCCAUGUACGACAACUACAUGCACCACACCAACUCCAUGUACGACAACUACUUGUACCACUCCAACACCAUGUACAACAACUACUUGCACCACUCCAACUCCAUGCACCACAACUACGUGCACAACAACUAAAUGUACAACAACUACAUGUACCACCCCAACUCCAUGCACAACAACAACGUGUACAACAACUAAAUGUACAACAACUACGUGUACCACUCCAACUCCAUGCACGACAACUACAUGCCCAACCACAACUCCAUGCACCACAACUACAUGCCCAACCACAACUAAAUGCACCACAACUGAAUGCCCCACCACAACUCCAUGCACCACAACUACAUGUCCAACCACAACUAAAUGCACCACAACUGAAUGCCCCACCACAACUCCAUGCACCACAACUACAUGUCCAACCACAACUAAAUGCACCACAACUGAAUGCCCCACCACAACUCCAUGCACCACAACUACAUGUCCAACCACAACUAAAUGCACCACAACUGAAUGCCCCACAACUGAAUGUCCAACCACAACUGAAUGCCCAACAACUGAAUGCCCCACAACUGAAUGCCCCACAACUGAAUGCCCAACCACAACUGAAUGCCCCACAACUGAAUGCCCAACAACUAAAUGCCCAACCACUGAAUGCCCUUGUACUACACCUUGCCCUUGUUAAAAAGAAGACUAAUGUACCCUAAUGAAUCGAUUGAUAGAAUCCUUUGUAAACAAUACCAUCGUAUUUUUGUUGGAUUUCUUAAAAUUUGUUAAAAAUGAACAUUAUUAAACGAUCAAAUGUGAAGGUAUUCUCAAAAUAAACAUUGCAAAUAAAUUUUAAGUAUUUUUAAUUG